CCCGGCCCCGCGGCCCCCGCGCCGUAUAAAUAGAGGCAGCGAGCGGCAGAGAGCUCCUGGCAGCCACCAUGAAGCGCCUCAACCUGCUGUGCUGCUGCGUGGCCUCGCUCCUGCUCCUCGGCACGGCAGAGCCGCGUACCCCAGCCCCAGAUGUCGGCCGUGCCGCACAACGCCCCUCAUCGGCCAUGGAGCCCCAGCUGGAGGAGAUGGCCGCCGCCGGCAGCCCUGAGGAGAAGGAAGAUGGCGGCACCGCCAAUGCCUCCAUGCCCAGUGCUGCAGAGAAUGGAGGCAGCACGGGGGAGGAAGAGUUGAAGGGAGGCCCGAGUGGGGCCACGGGGCUCAGCCAGGAGGGGCCCCACAGUGAACAGGGCCCCGGGGAGGAUGAGGCCAUGUUGGGUGUCCCUGAGGCAGCGGGAGAGGCUGCCCACCAGCAUGGCCCACAAGAUGGCUCCCGCGACCAGGAGAGGUGAGGAGGCUGAUGGUGGCACCAAGGAAGCAGGCCGCUGAGGAGCAGGGGAAGCCUGAGGGAGAGAAAAUGGAGGAGCCAAGAGUGGUGUCUGCUCCUGAGAGAGAAGAAGAAGGGGAAGAGCAGAGCUCAGAGGAAGAUGACGAGCAGGGGGAAUCUGAGGAAGAGGGUGGGGAGUCUGAAGAAGAUGGAAGCAAAGGAGAGUCAGAGGAGGAGGGAAAGUCUGAGGAGGAGGGAGAGUCUGAGGAGGACGCUGCUGGCCCAGCAGGGCCAGAGGACGGAGCUGAAGGAAGUGACAAGGAAGAGACCUGGCGUUUUAGGGGAAAGUGGCCACAGCAAAGCAGCAGCUGCCAGCAAGGGAGAAGCCAAGGAUGGCCCUACCAGCUGCCAUCACCCACCGUGUGGGGACGUGGAGCCUGGCUCUGGCAGCAGCAGCCCAGCAACAGCAGAAAACCCACCUACAGCCGUGGAAGAACCAGCAGCAGCUGAAGACCCACCAGCAGCUGUUGAAACCCCACCAGCAGUAGUGGAAGACCCACCAGCAGUAGUGGAAAACCCACCAGCAGCAGAAGACCCUCCAGUAGCAGAAGACCCUCCAACAGCAGAAGACCCUCCAGCAGCAGUGAAAAACCCACCAGCAGCAGAAGACCCUCCAGUAGCAGAAGACCCUCCAGUAGCAGAAGACCCUCCAGUAGUGGAAGACCCUCCAGCAGCAGCCCCCCCUGCAGACAACCCAUCGCUGGCAGAAACGGAGAGCCCACCCAGCCCCAGCGCCCACCCUGCUGCCGCUGAGCGCCAGCACAGCCAGAUAGAAGAGGUUGAGGAUGCCAGCGAGCCCACCAAGCGCGACCGGUCCCACUUGGAGAGCACCCUCAAGCUGAACGAAGACAAACCUGCCGACGACUUCUCAGGAGUACUGCAGCGGCUGAGGAAGAUCUACCACUCCUCCAUCAAGCCCCUGGAGCAGUCCUACAGAUACAAUGAGCUGAGGCAGCAUGAGAUCACAGAUGGGGAGAUCACUUCCAAGCCGAUGGUGCUAUUCCUGGGACCGUGGAGCGUCGGUAAAUCCUCCAUGAUAAACUACCUCCUAGGGCUGGACGACACUCCCUACCAGCUCUACACAGGGGCAGAACCCACCACCUCCGAAUUCACCGUCAUCAUGCACGGCCCCAAGCUGAAGACCAUCGAGGGCAUCGUGAUGGCUGCAGACAGCGCGCGCUCCUUCUCGCCCCUGGAGAAGUUUGGGCAGAACUUCUUGGAGAAGCUGAUAGGGAUAGAGGUGCCCCACAAGCUCCUGGAGCGAGUCACCUUCGUGGACACGCCUGGCAUCAUUGAAAACCGCAAGCAGCAAGAACGAGGUUACCCGUUCAACGACGUGUGCCAGUGGUUCAUCGACAGAGCCGAUCUCAUCUUUGUCGUCUUUGACCCUACGAAGCUGGACGUGGGCUUGGAGCUGGAGAUGCUGUUCCGCCAGCUGAAGGGCCGAGAGUCCCAGAUCCGAAUCAUCCUGAACAAAGCCGACAGCCUGGCUACCCAGGAGCUUAUGAGAGUCUACGGUGCCUUGUUCUGGAGCCUGGCUCCUCUGAUCAACGUCACAGAGCCACCCAGGGUGUACGUUAGCUCCUUCUGGCCCCACGAGUAUCAUCCGGACACCCACAAGGACCUGUUCCUCAAAGAAGAGAUAUCACUCCUGGAAGAUCUCAACCAGGUGAUUGAGAACAGGAUGGAAAAUAAGAUCGCCUUCAUUCGCCAACACGCCAUCCGGGUGCGCAUCCACGCCCUGUUGGUCGAUCGCUAUCUCCAGACCUACAAGGACAAAAUGACCUUCUUUAGCGAUGGAGAAAUGGUGUUCAGAGACAUUGUGGAAGAUCCUGACAAGUUCUUUAUCUUUAAGUCCAUUCUGGCAAAGACCAAUGUCAGCAAAUUUGACCUCCCCAACCGCGAGGCUUACAAGGACUUCUUUGGCAUCAACCCCAUCACCAGUUUCAAGCUGCUGUCUCAGCAGUGUUCCUACAUGGGCGGGUGCUUCCUCGAGAAGAUCGAGAAGGCCAUCACCCGCGAGCUUCCCGAUCUGCUGGGGAGCAUCGGCCUGGGGAAGAAGCCCAACGUCCUCUCCUGCGACAUCACCGGCUGUGGCGAAAACCCAAAGAAUCGCUACAAGAAGCCGUAAGGUUUCUGUAACACAGCCGUCCACGUGUUCCUACCGGUGAAUGAGCUUAUGUCUUAUCUGUCCAAGAAGCCGUGGUCUGAUAACCCUUUGAGUGCCACACUGGCAAAGGCUACUGUACGAUGAGGACUUUGAGUCAUUGACACCAAUGGCAGGGGAAGAUGGGUGGGCAUAAGAAAGAGAAUAAAAACUGUGAAUUCCUGACAUUUUAUCUUUGUUCUUUUGAGUAGAAGGCAAUGUUUAAGCUGUAAGUAUGAGCAAUGUGUGGUGAGCUAGAACUGUAGCUGCUUCUUCACUGGUGCCAAGAUGGGCGAACUGGAAUUUCAGCCUCUGCAUACACGAAGCCAGCAGGGAGCGAGGACGAGGGCACGGCGAGAGCACAGGGGCGAGCAGUGACACAGUAACCUGGGGCAUCACCGGGAGCCCCGGGGCACGGCGCUGCGCAGGGAAGCAGAGGCCAGGUUCCAGCUGUUGUUUUCAGGCACAGAAAUCCUGCAAAUCUCUGCAAAUAUUGAUCCUGUUUUUCCUCCCAAGGCUUUUAGGUCACCUGGUAGAGUCCUCCUUUCAUGUAACAGCCGAGCUUAACUUUGUUCUGCAGCCUUCACCUGGGCGUGAGCCAUAAGAAGGGAUUCGGUCCCCCCGCCGGGCGUUUGCAGGGGCAUUUGUUGCUCCGGAUGGAUCACUGUGAUGGGAUCUGCAAGUCCGUGACAGAACAAGAAGUGGUCUGGAGAGGAGCUGCAGGACUUGGCUGAGUUGUGCUGGAGGAACAGGGGCAGCACCCCGCAUCACAGAGUCCUGCAAGGAGCUGUCAGCAAGUUCUCUCCAGGCCAGCACCGAGACGGCACUUCGUGCCUGCUCCUGCCAUUAACCUCAAAAAUCCAUGCUGGCAAGUCAAGCCUGAGAGUCAGCAGGGCUCAGAGGGUUAAUAGUUUGGCAGUUUGACCUCAUUUAAGUCCUCAUUGCAUGCUUUCUCCAAGCCGCCCCGGGUUUUUGUGCUCUGUGGAGGCAGACAGGAAUGGGAGAUGAUGAGCCACAUCCUUUUUUCCCUCUGCUGACCUCUUCUCCCCAGGACAAUCCAGGCAGGUUUCUGUGGCUUAUUGUCCAAACCUCACCCAUUUUAGCCAGAAUUUUGUUGGCUUAUCUCUGUGCAUCGGCGCUCAGUCCUGGGAGUCACAGGAGAAUGACUUUUGCUUCAAAGGCAAAUCCCAAGCAGGCGACCUUCCCCGGGGAAGCCGACCUUGGAACCUGGCAGCGAGCGCUGGAGGAUGACGGGUGGCCCCCACCGCCGGGCUGCGCUGCCCAGCACAAGUGACAAAGAUCUCCUGGACGGAGCCUGGUGCCUUCGAGCCCAGCCACAGCCUGCUGAGUGGCUUUUCUCCUUCCUCCUGCCAAAGGACCACAGCCACUGCUGCUCUCCAGGAAACCUCUGGAGCAGAAGGACUUACCUUUGGCAGGAACAAGAAGAGGUGGAGGUGCCGGGUGAGGCAAGAAGAAGGCAAAGGGAAUGAGCGAGGGAAAGAGAAAGCUGGAAACAGAAGGCUCUGUUGUGAUGGGAAGGGUGUGAAGGGCAGUGCCCCUUGUCGCCACGUGCCCCACGGGACGUGGGCCAAGGCAGAAGGUCCCUGGGGCCCCAUGUCCCCGCGCGCUGAGGCUGGGUACUGCAGAGAAGAGGUCCCCUGAACCCAGGUGGGUUUGGGGUAAUGCCACCCAGGGACUUCCCAAGCUCCUUGCCUCUGCUUGGGGUGAGGACUGUGCAGCUGAACUAGAGCCGACGAGACACAAAUCCACCUCCAAGCAUGGGAAGGGGCACAUCUUGUGCAGAGGGGACUGGAAGUAACGAGUGAAGGCAAGGAGAGGUGUCAGAGAAAGCAGAAGCCAGGAUAGCCUGGAGAGAAGUGAUGCACUCAUGAGUCAGUGCUGUGAGGUCUCAGACCUGCUGCCUCCCUUCGCUCCUGUUCCUUUUUCCCUCUUUCACGUUAUCUCAUUGCUCAUCGCCGUCCCUCUCUAUCUCACCCACUCUUUCUCGCCUCUCACUGUCCUCCGCUGGGUGAGUUUGCAUGGUUUUCUUAAGAGCUAAUGGCACUGAAAUGCCAAAAGAAAUGUGCUAAUAGAGUUGCUGUUCUGCCGUUGCGCUGUGUGUCAUUGUCACAGUAAGCAAAGUCCAUCAAACCUUCUAUUUGCAAGUGCCGUGUUGUGCCAUCCCUUUCUUUGCUGCCUUGUCCCUCCAGGGCCCGUGGGCUCUGCCCGGGGUGCCCCAUGGAAAGCCCCCGGAGCCCAGGAGGAGCCUGACCUCUCCCUGAUGGCCUCAGACCUGAAGGCAGCAUCACUGUGCUCUCAGGCUGCUCCCAUCCUUCUCCCAGCCCCUUUCCUUUCCUUUUCUUUUGCUCCAGCUUUUCUUCAGCACUCAUUGCCUUCUCUCCCAUUUACGACCCCUCGCUCUCUCCUCCACCGCCUGCAGCCCCGUGCAAAGCACUGGCACGAGUGUCCCUGGACGGGGCUCCUCUGACAUGGCCAGCUCCUUUCCUGGCACACUGCGCUGGGCUUCCCUCUCCCCCGCGACGUCCCACGCAAGAGCGAUGGCAGCGGGGGGGUGUCUGAAGCUGGGGCCAGGCUGGGGCCACCUCCUGCUGCCCCCGUCCCCGCGUCGCGGGCUGCGAGCAUCUCGCCUGAGCCCGCACUGGACAGACACUCGCAGGAGGACACACAGCGGGGACACAGGCCCGUGUAGGUGCCCGUGAUCGAGUGCAUUUGGAUGAAACUGUCAGCUUGAACAUCGGCCUGUCUAAUAAAUCCUGGCAUUUUCCAAACACA